AUGGCAGACCACAUAACCUCCAAACUGAACCCCGAUUCCCACCUCAUCCUCGACCAACCCCUCCUCCGUCUCCCAUUCGAACUACUCCGCAAGAACUUCAAAGUAGCCCACCUCAACGUCGAAAAAGAAAGCACAGCCCUGAAGUCGACCCUGCGCGAAACUGCGAAUGCUUCGCUAAAUGCAAACGCCUCCCCAGACGAUGUUCUUAAGAACGUAGACUCAAUGAUAGCGCGCAUGCGCGGUCUAAAACGAAAACUCACCGCAUGUUCAGAAGAAGAGAACAGGCUACACCAACAAAGUCAAAGCCGAAUAAGGCACUUAGGGGAAUUGUAUGGCAUGCAAAGUCUAGAUGAUGUAAAGUAUGAGGAGUGGAGUCGCACCCGGCUGGAUCGGUUGCUGGUGGAUUAUUUAUUGAGGUAUGGAUACAAGGAGAGUGCUGCUGAGCUGGCGCAGGAGAAAGGGAUUGGAGAAUUAGUGGAUGUGGAGACUUUUGUGCAGAUGAGUAGGAUUAGUGAGAGUUUGAGGGGUGGGAGGGUUACGGAGGCGUUGGCGUGGUGUAAUGAGAAUAAGAAAGAUCUGAGGAGGAUGGAGAGUAAACUUGAGUUUACGCUUAGAUUCCAGCAAUAUAUCGAGAUGAUACGGACACAGGAUGAGCAAAAACUUCUCAACGCCAUAUCCCACGCCAAAAAAUACCUCCUUCCUUUCAAAGAUACCUUCCCGGGGGAAAUACAACAAGUCUACGGACUUCUCGCUUUCCCACCUGGCGUCGGGCCCGAUCCUUAUGCCGAACUCUAUAGCGAUAGUCGGUGGUCCGAUCUCUCAAACCUCUUCAUGCAUACACACAACUCCCUACUCUCCCUCCCACCCGUUCCCCUCCUCCACAUCGCCCUCUCCGCCGGUCUCUCAGCCCUCAAAACACCCUCCUGCCACUCCUUGCACACUCCUUCCUCCACAGCCUCCAUCUGCCCCAUCUGCUCCACCGAGCUUAACGACCUAGCUCGGCCCCUACCUUACGCACAUCAUACGAAUAGCCAUGUGGACAACGAUCUGAAACUGUUGCCGAAUGGAUGCGCGUAUGGGAAGGGGAGGCUGGAGGAGUAUGCGAGGAAGGCGGGGUUGGAGACCGGGUGGUAUAAGGAUCUGCGUAGUGGGGAGGUUUAUCGAUGUGAAGAGGCUACUACGGUUUAUAUCACCUAG